AUGUUCACGAAGGACCUCCCGCGCCUCCAUGAGUACUACAAAUCUCCGUUCAUUCGACUCGGACCAAACCUGGUUAGCUGCAGCGACCCGGCCACGAUCGAGUACAUCUAUGGUUUCCAUAACCAGCUGCGGAAGGUACGUGGCAUCUGAGAUUGUCACCGAGGCGCUCUUACUGAAAUGCUCGCAGUCAGACCUUACCAAACCGAUGGUUCCGAUCUUCAAGCGCCGACGUCUACCAACUAUGUUUCUCGCGGCCUCUCCCCAAGAACAUCAGGCGAUUCGUGCACCCGUAGCAGGCGCAUACACAAUGACCAACGUACUCCAAGGCGAGGGAAGGGUCGAUCGCUCUAUGAAGGACCUCUUCCAAAGAUUGGUCGAUCUUUUCGCAAGCACUGGAAGGCCCUGCGACAUCCAUAAUUGGGUACAUUACUGUGAGAAUCUCAAAACGACUGCCUGGUUACCACUUUGCGAGCUGACUCUGUUUUAGUUUCGGCUGAUGUGAUGUUUGAUCUGACCAUGGGCGAACCAAUUGGUUUGGUACAGGUAUGCCUUUAACAGGAUGCCUUGAAGAGGACACAUAUUGAGCUCAUAGUUUUAUUCUAGGCAGGCGGAGACGUCGACGGCGUGUUGGAUACUAUGGCGAAAGAGUUUGAUUAUCGCGGUCUUGUAAGCAUGAUUCAAUCAGGUAAGACGUGAGUACUACUUCGGGGUAGCUGAUGGGCUCGAUACAGGUCUUGGCCAUGCCGCUUAUCGACGACUUAAUCAGACUGAAUCCUUUCCAAGCGAUCUUCAAACCUAACCAAAUGCCUGCCAGCGUGAGCCGUGCCUAUCGUCUUCUCAACCAAGCGAGGACUAUAGGGCUGUCAGGUAAAUCAGAUGAGGUCAAACCUCGCCCACUCGUAUACGACUUCCUACAGGCCGCGGAAAAGAACCCCGAGAUUGACGAACCCCAGCUUAUGGGAUAUAUCCAACAGAAUGUCAGCGCAGGGGCUGACACAACCUCGAUCAUCUUGCGUACAGCGAUUUAUUGCUCGCUCAAGUCGCCAUGGAUUCGGGAAGCGAUUCUCAAGGAGCUGGACGCAAACGAUGUGCACUCUCCAGUUCCGUAUCGUCAGGCCCGUUUCGAACUCAAGUUCUGCGCGGCCGUGAUUCGGGAGUCUCUGAGAUGGUCUUUCCCAUUUGUGGCUCUUAUGGAACGACAAGUGCCCGAUGGACCCGGUUUGAUACUCCCAGGAGGCGUGCGGCUUGCCCCUGGGACUGCCGUUGGAGUCCACCCAGGCUUCGUUCAACGGAACAAAGUCGUUUUCGGACAGGAUGCAGACGACUUCAAUCCGUUGCGUUGGUUUCCUGGACCAGGCGAGUCCCAAAUCGCGUUCAACGAGAGGUUGUCUACCAUGGCCGCUAGCGAACUCACAUUCGGCUAUGGACCUCGUGCAUGUCUAGGACGGACGGUUGCCGAGAUGGUGCUAUACAAAUUCAUUCCGAGCUUUUUCAGCCAGUUGGACGUAUGCGUGCGAAAAGGAUGAUACAUGUUUGAACGGGCUAACGAUUCUGCAGGUAGCACUGGUGCGUCCGGACAAAGCAUGGUCCAUUCGAUCUUCAUUCGUUGAGAAGCAAAGCGGGAUGGAUGUUUAUUUGAAUCCCCGGCACAGAUAG